CAUUGAACCAGCGCGCUCUCAGUUCGGAAUGCUGGUCUCAGAGGCAGUUGCACACACUGCAUAUUCUUCAAACCCUUUCUGCGGCCUGACAAGUUUUAUGAGCGAGAAAUAGCUUUCCGACCCGACAGGACAAUAUUCGUGCGGUUGCAAUAAGUUGAGAUCGAAGAUUACUGAGAUUUAUAUGAUGUCGAAAACUUCCUCUACUCUCUUUCCCUUUUACCACUCAAUCGGGUGGAGUCCCCGUGUGGAGUAAGUGUGAGGUGUUGAGCUUGAAGAAUUUCAAAGUCUGUUUCAACAGUUAUUUGCGUUUUAAAGCAAACUGGUUUUUUUUUUUUGGUUUUUUUUUUUUUUUUUGGCACUUGUAAUUCAGCCUACUCCCCCUCUGCCCCACCCUCGACAGCAACCAUUUGCCUUUUUUUCACCCCCUUUGUAUGGUCCCUCACGAUCAAAGUUUGUUGUUAAACACGUUCACAUUUUGCAGUAUUGAUUCGCAACUACGCUAGAGGCGAUGUGUUCACUCUGUCUGCCCUGGUUACUUUUGUUUGUUGAAAUAGCGGCACUUUGGUCUUUUGAUUCGUUCGUUGGUUCGCUCGUACCCUCGUACGUGGUCCUUCCAGGGACUGAUGCAUUCUCUGAUAAAUUCAAGCGUAGAGUGCAGACGCUGUUGUGGCAGGCCGCUUAGAUAAAUGGUGACGAUUAAGGCAUGCCAGGUAAGAGAGAUUGUUGAUAUGAAAUAGUGUAGCCGGAUACAACUGUUAAGGUGGAGACAUGUUAGCGAUAUGUUGAAGGAAGAAAUAUUACUGAUUGUCCCUGGGUUUCACGAGGGCUGGAGUGAGAGGUGAGUGAAAUAGAAAGCGAAUUAAAUAAGCUUCGAGUAACACCUCACAGCCACCUUUUGACCUCAGACUCGUAUAUCACUCGGACCCCAUGGAAACAAACGGUGCCGUUCACCCUCAUGUCGGUCUGUCGAGCGGCAGUCGAGAGAUAAAGAGGUAGCUGGCACCCGGGAACCACCGUCUACCCUACCCUGGUUAUGGUCGGUUAUGGUCAGCUUGCCUGAUAGUCCCCCAGUCUCCCCCCUCCCCUCGUCGGUUAAGAUAGACUAGAAACGUGACGUCAUCUUGGUAUUAACUAAAGGCGUCUGCAGAUAAACAAACGACCAGGCGAACCUUUCCCCUCACGUCCUCGUGCCCAUCGUCGUCACGGAGAAGUGACAGUUUAGAACAGUUGCAGCUGCGCAGAAGAGAAGUGGCGAUUUGUCGCGGCAGUUGCAGUCUUGUCGCCCGUCUCCACCACCACCACCAACACCAGCGACCGCCACUGCGGCUGCCGUGGAGAGUUCGAACAUGAGACGCACAGCGACAAGGCCGCGACUGACGUGUUUGCAGUUAGCGACGCAAACAAAAGGUUGAUCGGUGAAAGGCCGGGUGGCUUUGUCUCGCGGGGCUGGAAUGCAUGUCGUCUGAUUACUAUUCUGUGGUGGUCAGGACAGACACUGUCAACAUACCAUACACAGCUACCGACUGAAAGAGCAUGGAGGGGCCAAAAGGAGCACACAUUGUAAGGCAUAAUGAUGAGGGAGAUUCAUCACAAGAUGCAAGUGCAGAAAAUUCAUAUGAGAGCAGAUGGCAUGAUUCGGACAUCUCCAGAGCAGCACUAGAUGACUCCAAGAAUGGUGAGGCAUCUUCACUUAAGCUACUCAACAGACUCAUUCAGGAAGAUAUUGAGGAAGAAAAUAAUAUUGUUGAACAGUUAGAAGAGGAGCUUGUGAGUGGCUCAGAAGAGUCUAGUGAACUCGAUCUAGAAAAGGAAGCUAAGAGUGCAGAGAAUCUGUCUGACAAUUUUUACAAUGACGAUUUCGCUGCUCUUAAGCAGGCAAGUGCAGAUUUAGUGCGCCAGGUGCUUGAUGAAGCUGUGAAGAUAGUCUCCGAGCAUGGUGCAGAAGCAGCUGAGACAGCAGCAAGAGAUUUUGCUGAAGAUGAAGUUUUAGAGGAGAGGGAGAGAGAUAGUAGUGACAAUGCAGGAGCUACCGGGAGACAAGACUUACCCCAGCAGCAUAACCACCAGCCAUCUGAUCUCAAAACUGUUUCUUCAGAUCAGCAUCUUGAGGAAGUAGCUACUCAAGGACAUAUUGGACCCGAUUCUAAAACUGAACAUGAACAGUUAUGUGAGGAGUUAGGAGAAAACUCCUCUCAAUCUAAUGUUGACCAAGUUUCAGUAAACAACAGUGAACAGUUAGUGUUGAUAACACCGUCCAGUUUUGAGAUGGGGGCUGCUGCAUCUACACAAGGUGAGAUAGAGGUACCAGAUCCUCGCUUUGCUGCUCAGUCAACAGCAGCCAUGUCCACAAUUAGUGGAGGACGAGGACAGUCGCUUCCUCAGUCACCAACAAAUGCAAAGAGCUCAUCUCGCAUGUCUAGCAGCAUGAAAUCAUCUGGCCACAUGUCAAAGGCAUCCCGAUCAAAUGAAGGGUAUGAAGAUGCUGAAGUGAGAAUUUCCCAAGAUGGCUUCAGCCAGCAAGAAGUCAGCAUAAUGGAAGGACAGGUCGUGCGAUUUGUGGCUGACAGGUCUUGCUCCAACAACGUAACAAUCCUACAGGUGAUCCAUGACGGGGAAGAGCUUAGGCCAGUGAUUGGUGGAUUUCAAGCAGCCCUGGAUGACCAACAGGGUGUUUUCCAACAGCAGCUGAAUCUUGAAGGAGAUUACAAGUUUGCCUUGUCGGGCAUCCGUUGUACACCUCUGAUGGUUAAGGUCCGUCGGCGAACAGACCUGACUGUGGAAGUCACCGAUGAGGGAUUUAUGCCUACAAUAAUGUACAUUGACCAGGGCACAUCUGUCAAGUGGUCAUGGAAACAAACAGUUGUGCCACACACUGUGACUGAGAUGACAUACGUGGAGGAGAAAGGCUGUCUUUGUCGGCAUUCCUCUAAUCAAGGGCUUUUUGCAACAUCCACAGGAACACACAGACAGACAUUCAACCGUCCGGGAUUACACUACUUCCGAACAGAAGGUUCAGAACCUGGCAAGACACACUUAUGUGUUGUAUGUGUGCAGUCAUCUCCAAGAGAAUACAAAGUGGAGGUCUUAGAUCGGUCUUUCCAGCCAAUGAUUUUGCUGAUAGAAGAAGGUGAUCGGGUGUGGUUUUCUUGGGAUCGUCUCAAGUGUAAGAAGACUCAUAGUGUGUAUCAGAUAGAGCCUCCUUCCUUGGAUCACAAUGAAGAAGAUCCAUAUGAACCAACACGUGAUGGAUUCAAAUGGGCCACACCAAGCAAGCAGGGCCUGAUGUGUCAUCGCUUCGACAAGACUGGAGUCUUUUACUUCUCGGACCAGAAUUUUGAGGAAGCUGCAGAGUACAUUGGUACAAUCAUUGUGAAGCCAAAGCAGCGAGAGCACAUCAUAAAGGUUCAGAAGGACAGCUUUGAGCCAGAGCUGCUUCGUGCAGUGGUGGGAGAUCGAGUAUGGUGGACAUGGGAUGGUCAAGCCACUGUUGAUGCUGAAGAAAAUAUCUUGCUUCUAGAAGAAGACAAAGUCCUGACUUCCAAUUCUCGCAAAAGUACAAGUGGAGAACAGUCAGAGCAUUUCCAAGACUUGGAUACUUCAGGUGUGCGUCUCUUGUCUCGAGUUGGUGCUGCAACUGUUUAUUUCUCAGUUGUUGGUACCUACACCUACCGCAUCUCAAACGCAGUAGAUGGUUUCAGCUCUUGUUCCAUCCUUGUGAACCCAGGAUCUAAGAAUCACACAAUUCACCUGACUGACAACGGAUUUGAGCCAAAGGUGAUGACUGUACACUGCAACGACCGUGUCUGGUGGGUGUGGCAGAGCGGAAAAAAGCAGCACAACAUUAUACAGGUGUCUCACCGAGGAUUGCCCAUACCAGGAGGCUAUUGCAGUGGCCAGGCACGGGACAGUCCCUCAGCCUUUGUACACCAGUUUUGCACACCUGGUGUCUUCUACUUUAUGAGCAAGAGUUUGCCAGAAAUGUUUGGGGCUGUUGUUGUUUCCACAAGACCUCAGUUUGUAAAAGGAGUGGUACAUGAAGUGAUGGUUAAAGAGUCAGAAAUCCGUCCUGACCCUGUCUGUGUUCAGCUGAAUGAUGUCGUUGCCUGGUUAUUUGGGUCGCCUCGACAAUAUGAUGUAACCCUCGUGGAAACUGUUGACCAGGUGCUGGAUGUGGGCUCCAACAAGGCUUUGACACCCCGGCGGUGCUUUGCUAAAGUCAUCAGUCAAACUGGCACCCUCCAUUUCAAGAGCUUGUCGUUCCAGAAAAAGAAGGAAGCAAAUUUUAUGGACGAGACCAGGCUAAGCAGUGUUGUCUGUGAUGAACGUCGUGACAGUGUCACCGUGCAAGUGGACAAAAAAGGGUUCCACCCAUCAACUGUAUGUCUUCAGAAGGGUCAGAGUUUAAUGUGGAGCUGGAAAGGAACAGAAGAAGAACACAACAUCAUUCAUGUGACAGAUCCAUGCAGUGCUACUCCUCUGAACAUGAUCAAAGGGCCACGGGCCUUCAACAGUGGGCGUCCCCUCCCCAAUGACAGUUUUCUUUAUACCUUUGAUGAGGAUGGAAAUUAUACUGUCAUAUCUCAGGGUGCACCAGGCUUUUCCUGCACUGUCAAUGUCAUGGAAGUUGCACCAAGAACAAGGGACCCAUGCAUCUCAUCAGAGCAAAUUGGUGGAACUGUGGAAAGGUACAGCAAGAUGUACCUGGCCUGUGACACACCGGAUGCUAAGAUCUACUACACUUUAGAUGGAUCUGUACCCAACACAAGCUCUAGGGUUUACAACCCCGAGAGAGGAGUAAGGCUACGGGAGUCUGGUUUCCACUUUGUCAGAGCAAUUGCUGUUGCAGACCAACAUCUGCAGAGUCAUAUCUUCACAUCCAAGAGAUUCUGGGUCCUCAGCAAGGGUGAUAUAGAGCACCUGACAGAUGACAGUGGCGUGUCAGAUGAAGAGUCUGCUGCCCCUAAACAGACUAAGUCCUGGGACUGGCUGAAGUGCAAGCCAACCAUCAAAGGCUGCUUCACCUCACCAGGUGUUCUGGAGGUUUUCUGGGAACCACCUGUGGAAGGAGUGCAGAAAGAGAUUAAAGCUUAUCAGAUUUUAUUAAAUGGAGUAAGCUACUGCAAAAAGUUCCCUAGCUCCAAUAACAGUGUGAAGCUUGUUGGAUUAGCAGGAGGCCGAAACUACAGUGCCUGUGUACAAGUUUUUCCCACUGACAGCAACAAUCAGAUUCUGGAAUCCAACAUCUUGCAAAUGAUUUCCCCUAAAACUGUGCAGUCUGGAGGACCACUGAUCUCCCUGGAAACAAUCAGUGACCCAAAGACAUUGUGCUUAGUCUGGAUGUCUAUCAGUUCUAAUGAAGUUCCCAUUACUGGUUAUCUGGUUUACCUUAAUGACCAGCAGUGUGGACCCAAGCUUAUUCCUGAUGAAGAUUCCAAUCGGUGCAAAGUUGUCAUCAGUGGGUGUGAUCUUGGAAUUGAGUACAAGUUGUUUGUUCAUGCCCUUGUGGCAGAUUCUGAUGAGACACGAAUGUCCAACAUACUGGUGGUGCAACUUCCCCUUGACACAUCCAGCAUCACCCUCCCCCCUCCUGAGCAGCGUGUGAUGGAGCAGGAGGAGGCCUACCUGGAGUAUAUUGAAGUUCUUGAAGGCUCUGGCUACUUACCUGAGAUGGAUGACAAAAGUUUGAUGUCUUCUGAGGAAUCCCAGUCUGAAAUCAGUACAGGAUCAGAGAGCGAAUCUGAAAAAGGUUCUGCAUCUGAGUCAGAAAUGGAGCUUCCACGAGAGAGGCAGCUGAAGCAGCAAGAUGCCAAACAGCAGGGACAGGCUGUAGACAAUGUGGUUGAUGGGGGAACUGCUGAGCCAGUGGCCAAGGAGAAUAACGUAGAUACAGAGAGAGUAGAGCUGGUCCCAUGUGAAGACGUCCAGCCUGUGUUAUCCAAGAGAGCAGCAGACAAACAUGCUGAAGAGGAAACUUCAGGUUCUGAGUCUGCAGCUUCCUCAGACCUUGAAUCAGAUGCAGAAGAGCAGUCUGCUGGUGGGCAUGUUGUUAUUCUGGAUGCUUCAAAGAAUGAGGCGACAGACACUAGGGAAAACCUGCAGCAGCAACGAGGCCAGCGAGCACUGGACAAGGGCAAGGAUGCUAUUGGAGUUACCGAUGAAGACAGCAAAGAAAAGAGAAGGAAGGAACCUAAGGCUGCAGCAAUGAUUAAAGUUCUGAAGGAAGUGGACCCACCUAAAAAUGAGAAUAUGCUCACAGAGGAUGGCUUGGAGAAAUCCAAACUAGCUGUGACGCCUUCAGACGUAAACAUGAUGUCAGUCCGAGAAGGAGAGAUGGUCCAGGGCUCCUGUGAUGGUUUACUUCCUGCCCCCUCCAUAAUGGCCACCACUAAGGGCAGACACAGUGUACGCAUAGCUUGGGAGUUGCCUAGACAACCUGACAACGAUUAUAAGCUUCUUCUGUAUGUGGUGAAUGUCGUGGGCACUAAAUUCUCCACUGAAAUCAACAGCGACAUCAGCUAUGAAUGCAACCUGGUCGAAAAAGGAAAGUCAGUGAGAGGUGUGCAACAUUGCUGGAACAUACAAGACAAGGAGCUCUGCUUGGUCAGGGGGCUGCAACCAGGUUUAACGUACAGGAUCUAUGUCAUCGCCCACUAUUCCAUGGUACAUGGCAACAAGCCUUGUGAGAUCCAAACCACCUCCUCAGUGUUGUACUACACCACAGUAGGCCCACCCAAAGCUCCACGGAUGCGCAUUAUUAAAGUAGAUAUGUAUCAAGCAUGCAUAGCUUGGGAACCUCCUGAAAUGCAUGAAAAUGCUCGCCUAAAAGGGUACCAAAUCAAUGUAGAUGGCAAACCCUUGGGUGGGCUGCGAAACCCAGACAUACAGAAGAUGGUCAUCAACAACAUUUCCCCUGGAAGAACCAUCAGCAUCAAUGUCAUAGCAGUCAUGACACUGGCAGCACAAGAAAGUGCACCUUCAAAAACUGUUUACAUCACCUGUCCCUACAGACCUCCAGUGCCUUGCAUUGCUCAGCAGCCCUCCUAUAAGACAGGGUGCGUGCUCAUUGCAUGGGACAAACCUCUGGGCCAGCCAGCAUCAACUCAAGAGGCGAUUUCUUCAUAUGCCAUAUAUGUAGAUGGUCAGUGGCAUGGAGAGGUCAAAGCCAAUCGUAUUGGUGACAAUCAAGGUUAUCAGUUUUUCCUGACUGACCUGGAGCCUGAACAAAGUUAUGACAUUGCAGUGAAGGCAGUAGCUGGUGAUCGGCAUUUAGACCCAGAUGAACAACAUAUUUACUGCUUGUGUGAGAGUGCCCCAUCUAACAUUGUGCCAGUCAUGGCACCAGCAGCACCCAAGUCGCCCAAGCUGCGCCUGGAAGGACUUCACCCUAAUGGCAUUGACGUCACCUGGCAGACACCUCAACAAUCAGGCGAUGCACACAUCUCAGGCUACCAGAUGCUGAGGAAUGGGAAGUUAUAUGGCUCCAUCAUCCCACCAGAUGUCAACAGUCUACGCAUCAGAGAUGUCUCGCUGGGUGAGAAAAUAACUCUGCAGCUCAUUGCUUUGACAGAGCACCCAGUAGGAAAGGGAGAUUACCGCACUGCUAGUGGGAGUGUCAUUGGUGACAAGGACUCUGGAAUCAGUGGUUCCAUCACGCAGCCAGAUGAACGACCUACGGCUUCUCCAGGAAGAGAGACACAAAAAAUUAUUACCUUCACUCACCAUAUGCAUGCCCGUGACUGGCCUACCAAUGAUUUGGCAGAUGUUUUUGCUGGUGACCGGUAUUCAGGAUGUAAGCCAGGCCCAAAGCUGAUUGUGCACUACACUGGAUUAGUGUGCCCACCAUCCGAGGUGUGGUGUGAGCAGGUCACAGGCCACUCUGCUCUCAUUGUGUGGAAGAAAGUUGAAGAUGCCAAAGCUCACUUCGUGCCAGCUGAUAGCUAUCAGGUAACAUGGUGGCCAGGAGGACAUCCUGAAGACGAUAUCAACAGUGACAGCACUACAGAUGACCACCUGUUGAUCACCAGCCUCCGGCCUGCCACAGUCUACACAGUAGUGGUAGAAGCCCGCAAGACUGAGAAGUAUACAGACAUGGAUGAAGGCGUGUCUGGUGCUGAAACACCUGACGGCUUGAAUGCGUUCAUCCUCUCCUCAAAAUCUGAGCACUUAACUGUGAAGACAGCAAGUCCACCAGACCCUCCCCGCAAUGUGGGUGUCACAGCAACCACCUGCAGUGCUCUCAGUGUGGCUUGGGAUCCCCCACAGGAGCAUGGGUCAGAGAUUAUUGCCCUCCGCAUAGAGUGCAUUUCGCUCAACUCUCAGGAUCCUCAUCAUGUAACAGUUGAUGCCAUGCCAGAUGCCACAUCAUCAGACAUAACUGGACUGCAUGAGAAGACUGAUUACUUAGUUCGUGUCAUUGCUGUCACGGAUGAGUACUUUGACCGUCUACCUGAUAAACAUAGACAUAAAAAGCUGAGGGCUAUUCCACGUGACGUGUUGGUGCCACAGGAAGAGUCUCAGUGGUUGCCGAGUGUAAACAUUGUUGCCAAAACAGCAGGCACGGAGGCACCAGCCAAUCUACGGUUGACCCAGUCCUCAGCCACAUCAAUCACACUUUCGUGGACCCCACCUUUAGUGUACGGCUCUAACAAGUUGAUGAGUCAGAUUGUGAGAUGGAGGGAUGUGCGGAGAACAAAACCUUCAGACCCUGAGGAUCUGAUUGUCGCUUCCCAUGUCAGUCUGCUGCCUACUGAGGACAAACUCACCAUCAGUGAUCUUGUACCAGGCUCUCAGUAUGAGGUGGUGAUUGAGGCUAUUGUGAGCCUGAAGACUUCAUUAAACCCAGACCAAUGGGAUGCAGGGAUCGAGAAAUAUCGCCGCACAGCUCAUGUCAUGUCCAAGCCAUUGACUGUUUGGACACGAGCACCAAUAGAUCCUCCAAGAGUUCUUGUGGUUUCCUACGACCAAAACACUGCAAACUUGUACUGGGAGAAGCCCUUAUUGAUGUCCACCCUUGGCAAGGAUGCAGAUGGCAAUCCACGCUACCUACGCAGAUACCUGGAAGGCUACAGGCUAGAAAUCAACGGCAAGCUCCAGAGCUGCCUUGGACCUUCAGCUCAGACAUGCACACUGACCAAAUGCAAAGCUGGUAAAACCUACCAUGUUGUUCUUGUGGCCAUGACCUGCACAGAAGACAGACAUCGGGAGCGUCGGGAGAAGUUCAAAGGGUAUUUCAAGACAGCAGCACCACAGAGUGCAGAUUAUGCUAGUCUUUUGGAAGACAACUUACUCGAUCAAGCACCCUCAGAACCUGUUGAUGUUGCCCUUCCCAAACCUCAAGAGGGGUUCUUAGAGACACUGGAAGCUCGCUUUAUCCACCAGGAGGAGCGGGAUAGUCAUACUUUUGGAGACAUUGAGGUUUCUUGGACGGUACAGGGGAGUGGCAGCCUUCUAAAGCAAUUUUCUAUCAUCUGGUUUUCAUCAGAAGAUCGCGUUAUUCAGACAAAAUAUGUUGGACCAGAGAAGCGAAGAUGCACGAUUCCUGUAAAACACCUCAAGACAACCUACCACAUUACUGUAGAGCCAUGCUACUACAGUGAUGUGUUACCACAGCAGCCACAAGGCAUACAGAUCAUGGUGCCAGGACCACCUGAUCCCCCAGAAAUUUUCCUGCGUUCUCAGUCUGAUGAGGAGUUGGUAAUCGAGUGGGGAGAACCCCGGUGCUAUGGAGGUGUCAAGGUCAAAGGUUACCAGGUGUACAUGAACGACAAGAAGAUUGGCAAUGAACUGAGUAGUGCUCACAGAAAGGCUGUCAUUCCUUGUCGAAUGAAUAAAACCUAUCGCAUAAACCUAGUUGCUUUGAGCGCCACAGCAGACUUUGAUGACUCUGCAAAGUCCAACACUCUAGUCAUCAGCAACAGCAAGGGGCCAGGCAGCAUCACUUUGGAUGAGCACACAUCUGCAGGUGAUGACGAGCUGCCGCUCAAGGUCACGGGUAUGACAGAAAGUGGCAUCCAUCUAGACUGGUCUUCCUACAUAGAGAACACUGAUGUGGCAUUUUACAAGAUCCAGUGGAGCAGUGUUGCUCAGCCAACUCAACGAGAAGUUCGUCUCUCAACCAGAGACGUCAGCUGUGUGAUAAACAAGUGCCUUCCAGGGACAACUCACUUUGUCCGUCUCGUAGCCUUUGAUGAAGAUGGUCAGAUUAUUGAGAAGUCCAAACAGCUGACAGUUCAGACAUCUGCUCCUCCUGAUCCCCCUAUUCUGUCUGUCAGAGCAUGCAACUUUCGGUACAUUGCCGUUCAGUGGGAGAAGCCAACUACAUAUGGCGAUGCAUUGAUCACUGGUUACAAGGUAUAUGUCAAUGGAAUCGUGGAGGCUGUCCUGAGUGCAGAUGCACUGAGCUUUACUUUCACUCAGGGAAAGUGGUGCCAGGAGUACUCCUUCCAGGUUCAGGCACUAACAGCAGGAGAUCAUCUCAACAGCAAGCCAUCUGAACCUCUAAUACUGACUUGGCCUGGAACUCUUGCCCCACAACUUCACCGUGUACCUGCUGUUAGCAGUUCAUCCCUGCGUGUCACCUGGGAUAACCCCUACCUGACUGAAGGCGUCAAAAUUAAGCACUUCAAGUUAUGCUGUGUGGAGGAAGAUACAGAAAAACUGGUCCAAAGCAUUGGUCCCAUUCAUCCAGAUACUCGUGAGGCAGAGUUCAAACAUCUAAAGAAGGGCAACUAUUUGGUGUAUUUGGAAAUCCAUCUUUAUGGAACAGGAGAAGUAGUACAAUCUGAAGCCCUCCGCAUGCAGCCCGCUGUGUCCCCUGACCCUCCCCAGAUCAGUGUGACAGUUGUGGGGCUGGAAGAGCGGCGACAGCUGGAGAAGCUUGCAUGUGACCUUGCCAACAAACGUGACAGAUUGAUACGCACUGUUGGUCACAAGUUGAAGCGAAUUGGUGCACUGAUGCAUCCCUUCAGAGCUGAGAAGGAUGAGGACGUCCUGAUGGGUGCACAUGCACUGACAGGUGUGGAGGAAUUGCUGGAGACAUGUUUCACAGCAAUGGAGAACUACACAGGUCAGCUGAUAGCACAUGUGAGCUGGCAGUGCCCGCAGUCCAAAGAGGAUGUGCAUCUGGCUGGCUUCAAGGUGUUAGUGGAUGGCAAACAGUAUGGCAGCAGCAUGCAUGCAGGUGUGCGGUCUGUGCGGCUUCAGCUUGGACUAGAAGAACCUAGCUACAGACUGAGCAUGGUUUCUCUCAGUGACAAGCCUCAGGGCACAAGCGUUGAAUCAGAAGUUGUGGAGCUGUUAUCUGCCCCUUUCAAACCAUAUGCCUACUAUUGCUACCAUAACAUCCAUUCAAAGGGAACAAAAUGGCCUUCCCAGGGAUGCUGCAAGUACCAGGACUCGCUUGCCUAUGAGAGGAAAGUAGGGAAAAAGCUGGCCAAUCAGGGCUUGCUGUCCAAGCAUGUGCCUCCUCCUGCCUGCAGCCAGCUGGACAUUUUCACUGGUGAUUACAAGUCUCUCAUGAAUGGCCAUCGGUCCCAGUGUCCCACUAUACUGCUGUUUUGGACACCAUGGUGUCUCUCAUCGCAAAAAAUUAUGGACUACUAUGUUCGGUUUGCUCGUGAGUCAUCAAAAGAAUUCAAUUUUGUUGCUGUGUCCUGUGGUGUGUCUGCAACAACAGCAGAUGAUCGUCAAGCUCUGGUUCAUCAGCUAACAUCCAAUGGCUGGCGAGAAGAUGGCAUCAUCUGGCACUGCACCAGUGAGUGCGCCUCCAAUGUGCAUCGUGCCCAGAGCACCAUCAACCACACUACCAACAGUGUGCGAGCAGAGCAUGACCAAUUUAGUGAGAAGUACAUGGACUUGACCGAGCUGUUGGGAAUUGCUGGGGUCCCGACUUUUCUCUUUAUCCACCCAGAAGGAUACAUAUCCUGGCAUGGGCGAUACAGCUCCUUUGACUACUCAUCCUUCAGUGCCUUCCUUCGACACACCAACAGUGAGGUCAUACAACAUCCAUGUCCGGUCUUUAAUUGUGAUUGCUGCAAGAAUGAUAUGAGCAUUGAUGAGGACCUGAUCUCUGUCCUACUACCAGAGAAGACAAGGACUCAGCCUCUAGCAUUUGCCUCCAGAGCAUCAUUUGAGAGCUGUGAAUCAAACCUGGCUUCUGUAGACAGUCCUCGGCCAGAUUUCAAAUAUGUGGCCAUUAAUGGCGUUACAGAGAAUGCCAACAGCACUGAGAAGAUUUUCGUAACACGCAAGUCAAGUCCCCGUCGAAAACCCAAGCUGUCCAUUAACAGGCGGCCAUAUUCUGCAUCAGCAGCUCCCCCACAGGUGCAGAGCAGUCCAUACCUUGCAAAGGUUGUGAAUGCAUCCUCACCUCCCACUCGGUCACGUAGCCGACCUGUCAGUGCCAAACUAGUACACUACAUGUGAUCCUUGGACAUUUAACAGUGGGAGCAGCUAUUUGUCUUAGAAUUGAGACUUCACAAGGACAGGAGUAGUGAGGGUUUACAUUUAGUGUCAAAUAUCAAACUCAUCUGAGAAUGACUGGUGGCUAGUUUCUCCAUUCAAUUGACUAUUAAAGGUACAUUGAUAAUACCAUUUUCACCUGCAAGUGUCAGCAGAACAUUUUCGGCAUAAAAUAACAAUAUUUUACAAUACAGCUUGUACUGCUGCAUUUAAAGCAAGCCCCUUUUUGUGGUGCUACAUCUUUAUUUUCAAUUUUUUUUUCCAUGUGUUACCAUUUAAAUAACUGGUACAUUUGUAUUUAUUUCUUUAUAAUUUAAAAGUUAAAGCUUUUCACAAAAUAAUCUUAUAUGUAUGGGCUGACUUUGGGCUUCUGAAAACUGAUUUUUCCUAUGGUUGUCAUUGCAGAAUGGAAUAAUUGUUUGCUUUUAACACUGUGCCAGCAACUAGGGCUAUAUCACGGCAAGAAAAAUGGAAUAAGACUGUAUUCAGUCAGUGUUUAUGUUCUGAGUUAUUGUCAAACAUAACAACAGUUGCUUUGUACCACAACAGGCAUGUACAUGCAUAGUUGGAUCAAGAACUGUCAUUAUCCAGGCAAAAUCUUGUAGACAAGUUUUUAUUUUCUCAUAAGGACCUUUGUUACAGCAUUUGUGAAAUCUGCUCAAAUGACCAUGCCGUAACGAUGAAAAAUAUUUCUAGAAAUCUGGAUUUAAUGGCAAAUGGAAUGUGUACAUGAUUGUGAUGCAUACAUCAUCUGGGUGAUCUUAUUUUUAAUUACAAGCAAAUAGUUUUCAGUAUUAUUUCAUGUCUGUGAUAAAUUUUUGAUUUGUUUAUUCUUAUUUAUAGUGUACAUAAACAGUGGAGAAAAAAAUCAAAAAAGUCUGAUUUUGUACUGAUAUAAACUAUUUGCACCAUGUACAUUCUGUGUCCAGAAAAAAGACUUUUGCUAACUUUCAGAAAGAGGUAAAGAACAUAAUUUGGGAUUAUUACCCAUUAUACUCAAAAUAACCUCCUUUUUAAUAGCUGUUCUCAUUAUGAUAAUGUGAACAAAAUCAUUAAAGAAGACUAUUUGCUCUUCCAUAUUCUUACACUUUUGGAAAAUGACAGUGAACUCAACAUAUUGACCUCUUACUGCUCGGCUAUGCAACACAAGAAUAUGUUUGUUGACGAUAUGCAUUACAUGGAGGGUGGGUAUAGUUUACUAGACCUGUGACAGCUCUGUUGAAAGAGGCCUGACAGCUUGAAGACAAGUCACAGAAAGGAAAGACUAGGGAUGGGAUAGAAGAAUGAUUAGUAACAGCCUCAGCUUUUUUUGUGGAUUCCUCCUGCUAGCUUUCUAUUCUUGGAGGCGGUAAUUUAAAUGCUUCUGAGUUUUCUGCAAGUUGGGGGAAUGCACUGUAAAAGUAUUAUUAUUAUUGUGGAGACAGAAUCUAUAGCAUAAUUCUUUUACCGUUUUUACAUCCAGAAAUCCUUAAAGGUUACGUGGGAAAAACCAAACAAUAUAGUGCUUGUUUCUUUAAUAUCUUAAAUUUUGGUUUCGUUGGAAAUCUAUUUAACCCAGGCAGAUGUAAUUUAUUUUAUUUACAAUAAACUUUUAUAUAGAAAAACAUGCAGAUAUUGUUGACAUUUCUGUAAAACUGUGGGGCAGGUCUAGAAACUUCAGGCCACAUAAAUAGUGAUGAAUAGGAAGGAAGUGUAGGAAGAGACAAUGUGUCAACUUUUAAGCUCAACCUUUAACCUGGCAUGUGUCAGCAGUCAUAAUACAGCACUGUGCUGGGGAACAGUCAUGGUUCCAAGCUUCUUGAUACAGCAACAAUUAGGAAAGGCACUUCUGUCAUAAUUUGUUGAAAGCAGUGUGUCAUAACUGCCCCCGAAACAAUGCAAAAUUGUCUGAAAAUAGAUGAUGUGUAUUUUAAAGGGGACAUAUUAUUGCCCAUGAGAAUAAUUUUGCUUUGUUUCUUGUUUGGUGUCCUGUUCAGGGUGUAGUCCUGCUAUAUUUUGUUGAAAGCUGUGAUACUGCACUGGUGCCACUUGCAGAUAUUUCAAGAGACCUGCAUUCCAUAUUUCUGUGAUAGAGCAAGUUGGAAUGAACACUUUUUUAGGGGUGAAGGUGGGGGUAGGAGCUCCAGAUUGUAGAUCUGAAAUUUUUGUUACUUGUAUACAGUAUAUCCAGAUUCAAGACCAUGAUUUUUUAAAACUUAAAUUUCGGAAGACAAUUUUGAAUUUAUGAAAAGAUUAUGGUGAUAUAAGCUUGAAAACAUUCAAUAACAAUAAAGUUAAUAAUUUGCAAACUUUCUCUCUUGUUGGCUGUUUAAGAAAAGUGUGAGUCUUUACGUGUUCACCUUGUGAUGUAAACGACAAAUGAUACUUUAGCAUACUUACUAUUUACUGCUCCUGUGUAGGUCCUAUUAAAAAAGGACUGCACCCAUAUGCCCACUCAAAUUAUCACAAGCAACUCUGGACUCUUAAUUUAAAAGUUAAAUGUUGCAGAAUUCUAUUGCUCUUGGUCUCUAUUUAUCUGAACCUUUACUUGGAUCUGCUUGUGUCUAUUGAACUCCUACUGCAGACAGCCUGAUAUUUCUCCCAUUACAGCUUUCAAAUUUAGGAAAGGGACAAAACAUGCAAAUCUCACCACAAAAAGACUACAAAUGCUCAGAAAACUGCUGAUACAGUUUACUAAAUGUGUAAGAGCAAUGCAAAUUAACAGAAGACAGUAAUAUUCUCUUUUCACAACUGUCUUCUCUUUCCCUUUCAAACUCAACUGCAUCCUCCCUUUCACACACACACAUGACCACUAAGAUCUCUAAUAUCAAAGCACUUAUACAAAAAGUAAAAAAAAACAAAUGUACACAGAUGAAAAACUGUUUAGCACUACUGCAACUUGCCUGUACUGGGCACAGAACAGUAUGCAAAGUAACCCUAACCCUAACCUAGCCCUGGAACCUCAAAAGGAGCUCCAACUACAAUAAGUGAAACAGAUGUCUAAAGCACAGCAAAUAACAGCUAAAAUCAAUAAACAAACUCUGCAUAUGAAAAGUAGAUAAAGCUUGCUGGACCAAAGUGAGAGGAAGAGAAAGUUAUUACAGAAGGUAUUCACUGAUCAAAGGUGUAUUAGCUCAUCUUUUAAUUUAAAGAUAAAUGAAAUGUCAUAGACAUUCCAAAAGUGGAGAGAACAUAACAAUAAAAUAAGGAAGUGAAGUAAAAAAGAAAAAAA